AUUCAUAAUAAGAAUUUGCACAGUGCCAGAGGCAUUUAAGAAAUUCUCAGCAAGUUCCAGAAAAAGAAGAACAAAAUCAUGUCAAUGUGGGACUUUACAAUUUAUCAUUUAAAAAUCAUCGCUUGUCAACGACGAUACAUAUUUAAAGACAAAAUUUGGGUGAUUUUCAAUGUGUUUUCUUACGCAUUUUUUGGCAUUCCAAUUUUCCUUUUCAUUAUUCAAAGUUUCAAAGUGAUUACAGAUGUGGCUGAAAUGCUUUUACCUUUUGUAAUCGAGUUCAAUGUGUUUAUAAAGAUUUGCACGUUUUAUUCAAACAGAGAAACAUUUUAUUUAUUGAUGGAAGAAAUGGAGGAAGUCAGAGCAAAUCGAGUCAACAAUUUCGUUGUGAAAUAUGAAAUGUCUCGUAUGGAAUAUUAUUUAAAUAUAUUUAAGGUGCUAUACUCCAGGAUUUUGAUAUUUGCUGGAACGUCAUUCUGGCUUGCUCCGAUCAUUCACACGUGCAUUAUGAAAAAAUUCCUUGGACAUGAUGAUUUUCAACGCUACAUGCCAAUAAAAGCAAUUUAUCCAUUCGACAUGUACGCUACGCCUUACUAUGAGUUUUUAUAUUUUUACAUUUCCUAUCCAAUCUUUCUAUCAAUCUAUGGAUCGGGUGGCGUCGAUAUAAUGUUCUUCGAGUUUUGUCGUGCAUUAUGUGAUGAAUUUGAUAUUAUACAACGAGCUGCAGACACAGAAACAGAAGAUAAGAAAAUUCUAAUUGGUCACCACUCAAAAGUAUUGAAAGUCGCAGAUCAACUCGUAGCAUUGAUGGAGCCCAUCAUAUUUGUUCAAUUUCUUAUUGGUUCAUUGACUUUGUGUGUUGUUGGAUUUCAACUUGUCAUGUCCGACGAUUUUGUGCAGAAAUUUGUUGUCACAUUUUUGGGCCUCUCAGUGACCGGACAACUUUUCUUCUACUCACUUUUCGCACAACUUUUAGCAGAUUAUAGUACAACAGCUGCAGACUUUUCCUUUGCACUUGAUACAGAUUAUGUUUUGUUUAUAAUGAGAGCUCAGAAAAGUGUUGUUGUAAAGGGAGGCUUUUAUUUAGCUACAUUAGAAACUUUCAAUGAUAUUGUCAGCUCAGCAGGAUCUUUGAUUGCACUUAUGCAAUCUUUCGUAGCUUAAAUAGUUCUUAGAAUUGUGUUAGAUUCAUAUCUUGUGAAGAUAUCAUAAUUAUGGCUUUUGAAAUCUUUAGAUUAGAUUGAUUCUCUUAAUAAUUGCUAUUUGACAUUUAAGAUGAUAAAUAUUUGUUAAAAUUGAAUAAUUACAAUGCAUUAUCCGACAAGAACUUUGUCAAAUUAAAAUAAGAAGUUAAUAUUUAAAUGGAGGUGUGUCUAACAUCUAAUUAGCUUCUAAUAUCGUCUUAUGAAAGCUAUCGUAUUGCAAUUUAUAGCAAUGCAAGGUUUAAAUAAAUAACUAGCCUGAUUUCCUCCAUUCAAUCAAUGUAUCAUCAUCUAGCUUUCUGUUUAUAACAAAACUUUGUUUGCUACGAAGAAGACGUUGAAGUACUUUUAAGAAUGAAAUUAUUAUUUUUAAUCUGAUAACAAUUUGAUAAUUAAUGGGAUUUUGUUAAUGAGGCAGCACUUGAAAGUACAAGAAGCGUCAAGAUUCGCUUUCUGCCUCUGCGAAUCUUCGGGAAGAAAUCUCUGAACUUGGAAAGUUAUUCAAAUGUCAUCUGUCAAGUUUAC